GUUAAUAUUCUCCUGAAGACAGAUUGCUAGGCUGCUGCUCUACUCAGUGAAGCAGAAUCUACUGAAGAGUUGCUGAGGCAGAACUGAAAUCAUGCCUCGCCUCAAAGAAACGACAGUAUUGUCAGCUAAUUAUUUCUAACACACAAACAGCAUUCUUGUAUGACAUAGUUUUUCAUGUAAAAUUCUAAGCCUUUUAAAGGCAGCUCUAGUGCUUAGGUGUUCAGCCAGGUUCUUUACAGCCCCUGCUACUUUGCACUUACAUUACGAGCAAGGUGAAGAAGAAUGGAAACUAAAGAUACCUGUAACUACCCGUAACAGCUGCAGAAGGAAAUGGGUCGGCUUUUCUCUCGACUAGAUGAAGAUAACACAAGUACAUCUAAGUGACUUCUACCAUGGCCUCAGCAAAUUGAUGAUGAAAUAAGGAAACUGUGGGAUUACUCCUUUCAGCUUCCCUGGACAAUGGAAGGAGAGCCUUUCACCUCUACUUUGUUGCCACCUGGGAAUGUUCCACAAGACGCUAGCUUGACCCUGGAGCAGAAAACCACAUUUGUCUUUGUGAUCUUAUUAUUUAUUUUCUUAGGCAUCCUCAUUGUCCGAUGCUUCCGAAUUCUCUUAGACCCCUACAGAAGUAUGCCCACCUCCACCUGGGCUGACGGACUUGAUGGGCUAGAGAAAGGCCAGUUUGAUUAUGCCCUGGCUUAGACUGAGGACUCAGAAAUACUAUUUAGAGGAGUUUGAUUUAAAAAAAAAUUCCUGGAAUGUAGAUUUAUUUCCCCCCAAUUUUCUCAGAUACUAUAAAACCUGCCUUGCAUGACUGCACAAAAUAUUAAUUAGUUUUUAAAUAAAUGUCAAAGCGAGUUAAACAUUUUCCCCUUCAUUAGGAGACUGGUGAUUCUCCUAAUGGAGGGAAAAAUAAAACUACAACUGCGCUUCAAAACAUAUUGGAACAAUAUAUAACAUAGAUGGCAUCUUAUGCCUCAGAAUAAUACUUUGAUUUGUAGUUGCUGGAGAAAGCCUUAUUGUUUGAAAGUAGCUUUUUUACAAGCAUCAGUGGAUUUACAGGUGGGGUAGGAAUGUUCUUUUAUGUGGUGUAUGUGGUGAUUAAAUAAACUUUUAAAGCUUCACUGACUUUUAAAAUACAUGUACGGGCGGGAGAAGGAGGGGUGAAAGGAAGUUAAGGAAUCACAUAGCAACCAUUUGGCCUAGUGAGACUGGGCCUAUUCCUAGCUCUGUCACUCACCUGCUGGUGACCUUGGGAAAAGUCACUUUACCACUCUGUACCUCAGUUUCCCAUCUGCAAAAUGGGGAUAAUGAUGUAACAUUCUUUGAGAUCUACUGACAUAAAGCAUUAUGUAAAAGUUA